AUGGCUCCACUUCAGGCUCACCCAUAUAGAUCUACAAGUGGUCAUCACCCACUUCCACUUAUGGACGACGAGUUGAGAGUAUUCAGUAAAAGGGAUUUGAGUGAUUUGAUUUGGAUAGUUAUCAAAUCAACACCCAGGUCUCUUACUUUCUCCUCUGCUUGUGCAGUUGCUAUCGAAGGUAUAAUACUCGGUAUUAUCCUUCUUCAGACAACAAGAUACCUUUCUUCAUUUGGACGCACGGACCCACUUUGGGCUGUGGCAGGUAUCAUCCUAGGUGCAAUCACCUUGUAUGCUCAAUUCGGAUUGAAUCUGUGGCAGACAUACAGACUUAUCGACAAAGCGUCCUCUGAACUUUUUGCUGUCAUAGUAGGCGAUAUCAGAUCCAACAUGACGGUAUUAGUGAUCAUCGGUGUACUCAAUUUCGUAGCUGCUGGUUUCUUCGGAAGAAGAGCUUGGCUUCUGGCUAAAAAGAGAAUUUGGGUAUUGAUCCCUCUUGUCAUUGGUAUUUUUUCUAGCUUGGGUCUAUCUUUAGGCGUGGCUAUAAAAGGAUUUCUUCUUCCUUCGAUCACUGCCGAUUCCUCUCCUGCGAUACUCAUGAAGUACAAUUCAUGGCGUAAUACAGAUAAUCAAUUGAUAGUCAUCUGGGCGUCAAUCGCUCUUCUCCAAGAUAUACUGGUUUGUGCAUUGAUGACGACCAUGUUGCUCAAAGAAAAAAUGGGGUUCCAAAAGACCGAGAGGACACUGUUAAAGAUGUUAAUCAGAUUGACUUAUGAGACUAUGGCUGGUCCGGUUUUAUUGAACAUAGCCAAUGUGAUCGUCGUCGCUCAUCAAGGUGCUACAUUUGCUGGCUACUCUCGAAUCGUGACUUGGAUCCUUGGACCUGUCUACUUUUCUGCGAUUCUCCAAUCACUGAAUUACCGAAAAGACGUUCAGCAGAUUUUACGAGUCACGCCUAUACCCAGAUCCAGACCAAGUUCCAAAGGAAAUAGGUCAACAUUACAAAGAACCGAAUCCCCUUCUAUUCCUUUGACAUCAACUGAUUUGAGAACUAGGGAAAACAGCUUCAAUGGGAGUAUACAUACCGGAGAAGUCUCGGCCGGAGGAGAAACCAUCAGAUAUCGUUCAGACGAGCACAGUAUGGACACGGGACACGACAUUGAUAACAGAAGGGAAAGAGCCAAUACAAUGGAGAGUGAAGUUGGAAGUUCAAUGACUACAGAUAUUGUCUUGGGUGAAGAGAAAGUCUAA